UCUCUCUCCCAUCGAACAAGAAAUAGUCAGAUCGUGAAAGAUCACUGCAAAAGACAAUUGCGACAUGGAAACUUCGAGCUCUGCAAGUUGUAGCUCAGAUGCGCGGAGAUUCUUUCUCUAGAUGCUCCUUUUCGACCUCUUCGUCCAGACUUUCGAUUUCAUUCAGAUCUCGCCGUUUCCGAUCUGAUUCGCGAUCCUAGCACCAUCGCCGACGCUCAAUGGCAGGGGCGGCCUCCGCGCUGUUUCUGCUCGACAUCAAGGGACGGGUUCUCGUGUGGCGUGACUACCGCGGAGAUGUCUCCGCCGUUCAAGCCGAGCGCUUCUUCACCAAGCUCAUUGAGAAAGAGGGUGAUCCACAUUCGAAUGAUCCGGUUGCUUAUGAUAAUGGAGUGACCUACAUGUUUGUACAGCAUAGUAAUGUUUACCUGAUGAUAGCUUCGAGGCAGAACUGUAAUGCUGCCAGCCUUCUCUUCUUCCUUCACCGUGUAGUUGAUGUAUUCAAACAUUACUUCGAGGAGUUAGAGGAGGAAUCACUGAGGGAUAACUUUGUGGUAGUGUACGAGUUACUUGAUGAGAUGAUGGACUUUGGUUACCCUCAGUACACUGAAGCAAGAAUCCUAAGUGAAUUCAUCAAGACCGAUGCAUAUAGAAUGGAAGUUACACAGAGACCUCCAAUGGCUGUUACCAAUGCUGUGUCUUGGAGGAGUGAGGGGAUACAGUACAAGAAGAAUGAGGUUUUCUUGGACGUUAUAGAAAGUGUGAAUAUUCUUGUCAACAGUAAUGGGCAAAUUGUCAGAUCUGAUGUUGUUGGAGCCCUGAAGAUGCGAACUUAUUUGAGCGGAAUGCCGGAAUGUAAGUUAGGUCUGAAUGAUAGAGUAUUGUUGGAAGCACAAGGACGGGCAACAAAGGGAAAAGCCAUAGAUUUGGAGGAUAUCAAAUUCCAUCAGUGUGUUCGAUUGGCCCGUUUUGAAAACGAUAGGACGAUAUCCUUCAUACCACCCGAUGGAUCUUUUGAUUUAAUGACUUAUAGACUCAGUACUCAGGUAAAGCCUCUAAUUUGGGUCGAAGCUCAGAUAGAGAGGCAUUCGAGAAGUCGUGUUGAGAUGCUUGUUAAAGCUAGGAGUCAGUUUAAGGAGCGAAGUACGGCAACGAGUGUUGAGAUCGAGUUGCCUGUACCGCAAGAUGCAUCUAACCCUAACGUUCGGACAUCUCUCGGGUCUGCUGCCUAUGUUCCCGAAAAGGAUGCCCUCGUCUGGAAAAUCAAAUCUUUCCCCGGGAACAAGGAGUACAUGUUGAGGGCAGAGUUCCAUCUUCCCAGUAUAACCGCGGAAGAAGCAACACCCGAGAGAAAAGCUCCCAUCCGCGUCAAAUUCGAGAUACCGUAUUUCACUGUUUCGGGAAUUCAGGUUCGUUACCUGAAGAUAAUCGAGAAGAGCGGGUACCAGGCUCUUCCAUGGGUGAGAUACAUAACCAUGGCUGGUGAGUACGAACUAAGACUCAUGUAAGUUGGGAUUUUUUGUCUUUGGCAACUCUCGCCAUUGUCAUUCCCUUACCCAUGUGGAAUCCCCUGAAGCAACGAGCAAAGGGACAAUAUUCUACACAAAAAAAAAAAAGGAACGAUUUGUUUAGAAGCAAAUGUUCUUGUGAAUUUUCACUGCUUUUUUCUUUUACAUGCACAUUUUUCUUGAUGUAAGAUCUUCACCAUUGUUUUUUCUUCUUUCUGUGCGUUUGCGUUGGAAAAUGGUGAAACAGCGAGUUUUUUUUUUUCUUCUUUUUGUGGUUUCGGGGGCAUUGGUUUCUGUUCUGUAGUCUGUAGAUGUCAUGGUGUGAAACGACACGUAGUUUGAACGAAUUUUUGGCUAACGACA